GAGGGAACGUCGCGGGAAGACAGGCGGUCCAUUCACGGGCUUCUCGAAAUUUCAUCUUCCUGUCCCCUUUUCGCACAAAAUAUCUGUCGAUUACACGGCGUUGUUUCUUCUACAGUCGCUUGAGGCGGAGUAAAAGCGACCCUAGAAGGGUUUUCCCGUGUGGUUUUAUCAGCGGUCUUAUCUGUGAGUGGCAGGUACUUGUACGCACGCUGAUGGCGGUCACUAUCGAGGAUCUUUAUCGAAACUACGGGGUCCUUGCUGAUGCUAAGGACAACCUCAGCCAGCACAAAGAUGCCUACCAAGUAAUUCUGGAUGGCGUGAAGGGUGGCCCCAAGGAGAAACGCCUGGCAGCACAGUUUAUACCCAAGUUCUUUAGCAGCUUUCCAGAGUUGGCUGAUGCAGCUAUAAACGCCCAGCUUGAUCUUUGUGAAGAUGAGGAUGUGUCUAUUCGACGUCAGGCCAUCAAGGAACUCCCACGGUUUGCAACUGGCGAAAACAUCCUUAGAGUUGCUGAUAUUCUCACCCAGCUACUUCAGACAGAUGAUACAGCAGAGUUCAACCAAGUGAAUGCAUCACUUAUUUCCAUCUUCAAAAUGGAUGCUAAGGGUACUCUUGGAGGCCUCUUCUCUCAGAUCCUGCAGGGAGAAGACAUAGUGCGAGAAAGGGCCAUCAAGUUUCUGUCAACCAAACUGAAGACACUGCCAGAGGACGUCAUGACAAAGGAGGUGGAGGAGUACGUCUUUGCAGAGACAAAGAAGGUGCUGGAGGAUGUGACGGGAGAGGAGUUUGUGCUGUUGAUGCGUAUAGUGUCGGGCCUACGGGUGCUGCAGACAGUAAAUGGGCGGCAGCAGCUGGUGGAGCUGGUGGUUGAACAGGCUUUCCUGGAGCAGGCCCUCAACCCAGCUGACCCUGACACCGUGGACCGCCUGCUACAGUGCACGCGCCAAGCCUUACCGCUUUUCUCUAAAAAUGUCCAUUCCACACGUUUUGUAACCUACUUCUGUGAACAUGUCCUGCCCAACCUCAGCGCCCUGACAAGUCCUGUGGCUGAGCUGGACAUUCAGUUGGAGGUUCUGAAGCUGUUGGCUGAGAUGAGUCCAUUUUGUGGAGACAUGGAGAAGCUGGAGGCCAACCUCAACAUGCUGUUUACCAAGCUGCUGGAGUUCAUGCCGCUACCACCAGAAGAGGUGGAGAACGGUGAGAACUCUGCAAGUGAGGAACCCAAACUACAGUUCAGCUAUGUAGAGUGUCUCCUCUUUGGCUUUCACCAGCUGGGUAAGAAGCUGCCAGACUUCCUCCUUGACAAAGUGGAUGCUGAGCGCCUUAAAGACUUCAAGAUCAGGUUACAGUAUUUUGCCAGAGGUCUGCAGGUUUACAUCAGACAGCUGCGAGUAGCACUGCAAGGAAAGACGGGAGAUGCUCUAAAGACAGAUGAGAACAAGAUCAAAGUGGUGGCUCUCAAGAUCACCAACAACAUCAACGUCCUUAUCAAGGAUCUCUUCCACAAUCCUCCAUCAUACAAGAGCACAGUCACUCUGUCCUGGAAACCUGUCCAGAAGGCAGAGGCAGUAGCACCCAAGCGUCCAUCAAGCGAGGACAUGGGAUCCGGUGGCAGCACAAAAAAACAGAUCUCUCCUCAGCCCCGACGGGACGCAAGGCAAAUCUACAAUCCCCCCAGCGGCAAAUACAGCGCCUCCAUUGGCAAUUUUAACUACGAGCAACGUGGUGGCUUCAGAGGUGGCCGAGGACGAGGCUUCGGAGCCAGAGGCAGCAGGAGCCGAGGCCGGAUCUACUGAGACACACAGCACAUAUUGCUCAUUGAACUGCAUCACAUCAGGAUCUUUUCCGCACCAAGACGGAUUGUUUGUCACAUGCAGUUGUUUUUUGGUUUUUUUUUGGUUUUUUUAACUGGUCUCCACGCGAUUCACUUUCACAAGAUUUUUUUGGUUUGUUUUUGGAAUGGGGGGGGAGCUGGAGCUUUGGUCUCCUGGCUUGAGAAUAUCAGACAAUGGGCUCUGACUUUUCUACCUGCCAUUUCAGCAUUUACUCCCUGUACGCCUCUCGGUCAAGGUGAUAGUAACCCUAACUGUGUUUUUUUUUGUUUGUUUGUUCUGUUUUCCUCCCUAAAUUUUAAACAUUACUCUGUGUAUUUUUGUGGAACAAAAGACUGCCAAGUUGUACCUGAUAAAUAUUUUUGUCGGAUUGUUGUAGAAAAAGAUAAAGAUCCUCUUGUUUUGCAACAUGUUGAUGAUUGCAUUUGUUUCUACUGUUUUAUUUAAUCUUGUUUUCUUUUUUUAUUAGAGCUUAAUUUGAAUUGGCUGAUUACGCUACUUUGUAUGAAUCAAUGAUGCUGUUUCAUUGGAUUUUUAUCAUAAACUUGUAUGGAAGUAUGAACUUUUUGUCCUUGUUUAUAUAGAAUUUACUGUUUGUUAAAUUGCAAACUUCGUUCUGGGAACAAGACGAUACAACUGAAUUCCA